GGCUACGUUAUCGUGAUCGUGCGAGGCUCCAGCGAGUCGUGUCGUGAUCGUGGCAAGUACUCGUAACCAGCACACCACAGCACUGCAUCCAAUCUAUUCCACUGCCACGGAUUCGACGAGGAGUCGCAUCAGCCAGAUAGCCAGCCAGCUAGCCAGCCACAUUUACUUUUCCAUCGGCCCGCUAACGAUGGUAGUAUUAUUAAUUGGUGCUGCAGCCCGCUCUAAACUCCCGGCAGCUGACUACUGAAAGAGAUACAGGAGGGGGCAGGUGAAUAUUCGUUCGAUCGCGUGUGUGCUUGUAUGCGUAGGAGGGUUUGUUUAUUCCAUUGUUGACACACCACGGAUGUCAUCAGUGUUGGCCUUCAACCUACUGUUCCCGCCGCCGCUGUUGCUGCUGUGUGCGAGGCUGUGCCCCCGCGAGGAUGCUGGUACGCCGUAGUGUGAUUCGGUGGUGCGGCCUAGGGCCUUCCUGCUACCUCGGACCAAUCGCCAUCUUCUUCGCUCUCAUCCGGGCCCUGCUCUGUAACGACCAGAUCGUGCUGCAGCAGGAUCCGAUACUGUACGAGGGUGAUACGUGCCAGUUGCGGAACGGUACGGCUGGUACCUGCCAGCCGGCGAACGAGUGCGAAUGGGCCAGGGAGCGACCAUGGCGGACGAGCGAGCUGGUCACUUGCUCGUUCAACCUGUCCAUGCCGAUUGUCUGCUGCGUACGACGGCUCGAACCCCGCAUCAGCACAAAGCGCAUCAGCGAGACACAGUGUGACCAGUACCCUACCGCAACCGGACUGUCCGAUCACAUCUUCAACGGUGUUGCGGCCCGAUUCGGGGAGUUCCCGCACAUGGCCGCCCUCGGGUACGGUGAAGUGCGGAAUAACACCACACCGUCCCCGUUCCGUUGCGCCGCCAGCCUCAUCUCGGCCCGCUUUCUGCUGACAGCGGCGCACUGUUUGCGCGAGCGCCCCAUCUUUGCCCGGCUCGGCGUGCUAGAGCUGCAGCCGGCGCGCGUCAUCGACGAGCCGAUGGACAUAGCGAUCCGUACCGUCAUACCGCACCCCGAUUAUAACCCGGUCACCUACAGGAACGAUAUUGCGUUGCUCGAGCUGGACCAGCCGACCCUCGACUGGCCAUUCGUUGAUCCGGCCUGCCUCUAUACGAAGCCCAUCGCCAGUGUGGCGCCAGAUGCUGCCGAAAUGAUGCCGGUACUGUCGGUGCAGGGCUGGGGUACGGUGCUACCGGGUGACACCGAGCCGGCCCCGCGGCUCAUGAAGGCUAACGUGACCGUGCUGGAGCGGGACGCGUGCACUGCGUCGUUGCCCCGCACCCGCCGCAAUCCGGCCGGUCUGCACGAAGGUCAGUUGUGUGCGCUGGGGCGCAACGAGCGGAACGAAACGGUGGCCGAUACCUGCCCGGGCGAUUCGGGUGGUCCGCUCGAGCUGAUCGUCGCUGGCGGUCGCCACUAUCUGGUUGGCAUCACGUCGAACGGGUACGCGUGCGGAUCGCCGAUUCCGGGCAUUUAUACGGAGAUCGCGUACUAUCUCGGUUGGAUCGAGUCGAUCGUCUGGCCGCCUGCGGACACCGCAGCUACCGGAGGCAGCACCUGAUCGGCGCAAUCCGAGAUAACGAACCGUCGACCAUCGCACAGCUACAAGUACAAUUAAUAACAACCAAUUAAUGAAUUCCGUUCGAACAUCCAUCGAAGACGUUGUAUUUCACUUUCUGUUUUUGUUUUCUGGUUCCGCGGGCUUUUUUAAAAGAAAUAUACUCCGCAUAUACUGGCCGAACA